AUGGCUGACGCUACCCCUCUCUAUAUUCACGAUCCACGUGAUCUUGAUUCUACCCUACGCGACAGGAGACUCUCGGGCCUCGACGUCUAUGUAUGGGAGCCUGCAAGCAAGUCGUUCGAGUACGGACGCCACCGACUGGGAGCGUGGAGAGUUGCACAAAGAACGAAGGCACGCCCAGAUGCCAUAUUCUGGGGUCCAAGCAGCGAACUAUACGCCAAAGACAAACGGCACAGUACUACUACAUCAUCGAUAAACAGACGUACCACUGCAUCUAGAGCGAUCAGACCACGUAGAGUUUUGCAAGGUCCGCUAGCUUCAUGGAAUUGGGAAUAUCGAUACCGCCCGGAGCUGCCUGAUACGUCCAUUGUCGUGGCUGGAGACGAGGAAUCAGUGGAGGCGACAUUAUGUGAACAUUGCGUCAAGAUUCCUGUUGGGAAGCUUCUUCUCUCGGAAAGCAGCUACAAGCUGCAAGGCAAAGCUUCGUAUCUAAACGUCAACUCAUGCCGCCUCUGCCGCUUAGUAUUUCGGCAUAUUAAGAACAGGCCCCCCUCCCAAGACGACGAAAUAUCUCUGUCUGUGAAACCAGCGGAUGGCAUCAUGUCACCAAGACUUGUUAUUCGAAUAGGUUCAAAACAGAGCGAGCAAGCGUCCCUUGCCAUCCUCCAUGGAAUCGGAAGUAAAGAGUACUUUCGCUUGCUGCAGAAAUGGCUGCAUGAAUCCAGCGCUAGUGACCGCGAGAUGUAUCCGUAUGAUCCUCCAACUCGGUUGAUUGGCAUCUCUCGGUCCGAAGAUAGAUUCAUAUUGCGGCUUGUUGAGACGGAAGACUUGCAUUUCAGCUCGCCGCAAUACAUCGCCUUAUCUCAUCGCUGGGGCGGUAUCGACACGUUCUGUACAACCACAGAUAACUUCCAGGAGCGGCUGAACGACAUUCCAUACUCCGAGUUACCUAAGACAUUUCAGCACGCUGUCAUUACCAGUUGGAAUCUUGGAGUCAAGUACCUCUGGAUAGACUCGCUCUGUAUCAUCCAGCGCGACGUGAGGGACUGGCGCCGCGAGUCGGCAAAGAUGGAGAAUGUCUUUGCCUUCGCUCAUUGUACGCUUGCGGCCACUUCAGCGAAGGACUGCAAUCAAGGCUUCCUGAGCAGGUCAGCUGAAAGUUCCGUCAAACUCACUGAUCCUGAUUCAAACCCUGCACCAUUUUUUAACAUCAAGGAAACGGAAAAUGAUUUCAACAAGGAUGUGACUCAAGGCCCGUUGAAUAAGCGGGCGUGGGUAUUUCAGGAACGAGUCUUAUCGCGCCGAACUAUUCACUUUACGGCCCAACAGACAUACUUUGAGUGCGGCUCCAACGUGUGGUGCGAAGCCAUGGGCCCGGAGCAGUCGUUAGAAAGUCCGCUACAGAAACUGCAACUUCGGCUGUUUGAGCCGGGGGGGUUUUCUCAAAAGGAAGAUUCCUUAUUCGAGACCUGCUUCUCCCAAUACUCGAGCCUGGAUAUCACAAACUGCAGGGAUCGCCCUGCGGGCAUUAUGGGCCUUGAGUCCAGAUUGGCAGAGUCGUAUGAGACGGCAAGUUUGUACGGAAUUCUCCUCUCGUCAUUCUACAACAGUCUUUUCUGGCAUCGUUCAGGGGACAAGAGAAUGACAGGGAUUGAUUUCCCGGACGAAAGCGUGCCGUCCUGGUCUUGGAUGGCUUACGAAGGAGCCGUAAACUAUGGUCUCUUGCCGGGUUCCUUCACAGGUUCGAUCCAAUUCGACAGUGCAGGAGAGGAAGAUGAGGACAUCAAACUCACCAACGCCGGAAAACUCGCCCCUAUCCAAGAAUCAGGCUUCUUGCUUAUCGCUCCACUGUACCAAGUUUCAGGCAGCUACAUCAUGGAACCUGACGGCAGCUCCAACUGCAAAAUGAUGGCUGGGAACAAGUUCCUUGGGUGGCUCAGAUAUGAUGGUGAAGACAAGAAGGUUGGUAUGAAUUUACUUUGCAUCCGGGUUGGUCGGAUUGAUAUUGAGGAGGAAGAUGAUCUGAGCGCUGGUGAGCUAGCUCGGAGCAAUUUUGCUCCUAUUAUGCUUCUCACACCCACAAUUAGAGAUGGGAGGCAUGUUUAUAAGACAUAUCAAAGGCUCGGUGUGGGCAUAAUUAGAGAAGGAUCGUUGGUGCGCGAUGAGCAAGGACCGGUUUGGGUGGCGUGA